AUGUUCCGCACUGCGCGUAUCACCCUGCGGCGUGCCGAGGCCGGCGGAGCCAUGCGCUCACUGGCACAUGCGAAGACCAACCCCUCAGUCAUCUGCGGUACUGCCAAAGCACGUCCUUUGUCCACAGCCGCCCGCCAUCCCACCAAGUUCACGCCAUUGGGCACCCAGAGCUUCUUCCAGCGCCGCCAGUUCAGCUUCACCAGCAGCAUGGCCAACACCCGCACCGAGAGCGAUGCCUUUGGCGAGCUCCAGGUAGCCUCGGACAGGUACUGGGGAGCCCAGACAGAGCGGUCCCUGGAGAACUUCAAGAUCAACCAGCCGCAGGACCGCAUGCCCCCGCCGAUUGUGCGUGCCUUUGGCAUUCUCAAGGGUGCGGCUGCGACGGUCAACAUGAAGUUCGGGCUGGACCCAAAGCUUGGAAAGGCCAUCCAGCAGGCUGCCGAAGAGGUCGCCUCUCUCAAGCUCAUCGACCACUUCCCCCUCGUUGUGUGGCAGACCGGCUCUGGCACCCAGUCCAACAUGAACGCGAACGAAGUCAUCUCCAACCGCGCCAUUGAGAUCCUGGGGGGAACAAUGGGCACCAAGAAGCCUGUCCACCCCAACGACCAUGUCAACAUGUCUGCCUCGUCCAACGACACAUUCCCCACCGUCAUGCACAUUGCCGCCGUGCUCGACUUCGAGGAGUCGCUGCUGCCCGCACUCAAGAGCCUACGGGACGCCCUCAAGAAGAAGAGCGAUCAAUGGGAGAACCUGAUCAAGAUUGGCCGGACACAUUUGCAGGACGCAACCCCGCUGACUCUGGGCCAAGAGUUCUCCGGCUACGUGCAGCAGCUCGACUUUGGCAUCGAGAGGAUACAAUCUUGCCUGCCUCGCCUGAAGAUGCUUGCCCAGGGAGGAACUGCUGUCGGAACCGGAAUCAACACCUUUGUUGGUUUCGCCGAAGACAUUGCGUCAGAAGUCAGCAAGAUGACUGGCCACAAGUUCGUCACUGCACCCAACAAGUUCGAGGCACUCGCCGCUCAUGACGCCAUCGUCGAAGCCCAUGGCCAGCUCAACACACUUGCCACUUCUCUUUUCAAGAUUGCACAGGACAUUCGCUUCCUUGGCUCGGGUCCGCGAUGCGGUCUUGGUGAGCUCAAGCUGCCGGAGAACGAGCCUGGAUCUUCCAUCAUGCCUGGAAAGGUCAACCCCACCCAGUGCGAGUCACUGACUAUGGUCUGUGCUCAGGUCUUUGGUAACCAAGCCGCGACGACCUUUGCCGGAUCGCAGGGUAACUUCGAGCUCAAUGUCUUCAAGCCUGUCAUGAUCCGCAACCUUCUCCACAGCUCGCGCCUCCUUGCAGACGCCAUGACAAGCUUUGAGAAGAACCUUGUUGCAGGGCUUGACGCCGAUGAGAAGCGCAUUAGCUCGAUCUUGACCGAGAGUCUUAUGUUGGUGACUUGCCUCAACCCCGUCAUUGGUUAUGAUGCGGCCAGCAAGACCGCCAAGCACGCACACAAGAAUGGUAUGACACUGAAGGCUGCUGCUCUUGAGCUCAAGGUCAUCAGCGAAGAGGACUUUGACAAGCAUGUUCGCCCCGAAUUGAUGAUCGCUCCCAAAGAGUACAAGCCCAAGGCAUGAGCAAUGAAAAGUAAAAAGUAUGUACAAAAUGUAAAUACAAAGUGGACGAAAUAUCGUACCAGUG